AUUUCCUCUUCCGGAAGUGUGCUCUUUGGCGGCGAGUCCCCCGUAUAUCCUCUGCCGGAAGUAAAGAAUAAGCGGGCUUUACCAUGGCCGCAGUGCCGCCAGAUUCCUGGCAGCCCCCCAACGUCUUUCUGGAGACCAGCAUGGGGACUGUCGUGCUGGAGCUGUAUUGGAAACAUGCCCCCAAGACCUGUAAGAACUUUGCAGAGUUGGCUCGACGUGGUUACUACAAUGGCACCAAGUUUCAUAGGAUCAUCAAAGACUUCAUGGUCCAAGGUGGUGAUCCUACAGGAACAGGCAGAGGUGGUGCAUCAAUCUAUGGCAAACAAUUUGAAGAUGAACUUCACCCUGAGUUGAAAUUCACAGGAGCUGGAAUUCUUGCAAUGGCCAAUGCAGGGCCAGACACCAAUGGCAGCCAGUUCUUUGUGACCUUGGCCCCUACCCAGUGGCUUGAUGGGAAGCAUACCAUUUUUGGCCGUGUGUGUCAGGGCAUAGGAAUGGUGAAUCGAGUUGGUAUGGUAGAGACAAAUGCCCAGGACCGUCCUGUUGAUGAUGUGAAGAUUAUCAAGGCUUACCCCUCUGGAUAAAAGUGGAGUCUGGGCAGAUAGAUCCAUGGCCAGUCCUAGCGAGUUUCAUUGCAGAUUUCUCAGCUGGCCAGUCCCUAGGUAAACUGUGAACAUCAGGGCAAAACAACCUCUACAUUCUCAUCUAUUUGCUCUUGAGUCGUCAUUGGACUUGGCCAUGUAGUUUCAGUUUUGCCUUGCAGAAUAAGCCCAGUGUCUCAGAUGGAUUCGAGAUGAAAGUGCACUUUCAUUAACAAGGCACUUCUUUCCUUCUCCUAGGACAUAAAUGCCAAAACAUUGUAUUUGUUUCAUCUGGGAGAAAAUUAAAUAGAAUCAGGAGAUGUUGGUACAUGUAGACUUAUUAAUUUUAAACUUGAUAUCUUUCCAAGGAGUCCUACUCCUUGACUUUGGUGACUAAUGGCAACAGAAUUUGUAAUCUUAUUUCUGUGUGUGUGUGUGUGUGUGUCUGUCUGUCUGUCUGUCUGUCUGUCUGUCUGUGUGAAUGCCUGUGUAGGAAUCUAUAUUAUAUAUCUAUGAACACAUCUGCAUAUUUGUGUCCAAACCCUUUCUGUACACACAGGUGUGUAUAUUUUGAAAUCCUGGGCAUAAGCAAUAUUGAUUCUAAUAUUCAGACACUCCAAAUGAAAUCAUACUGAAUUUUUGCCAAAUGGAAAAAUGAUUCUAAUAGAGAAAAGUCAGAUUUCUAAGAGGGGAUUAGGUGGAAAGGUUUAUAUGGGAUUAAUUUUGAAAUGAAUUUCAUUCAAGGAAAAACAAUGUGUUUAACACCCCACUUUCCAGCAAGGAAAUGAGAUCUUCAGUGGGCAUAAUGGCAGACUAUGGAUUCUCUUCUCUUGUUUGUUUUUAUGUCACCUUCAUUCCUGAAUGUUUUUUCCCUUGCCCCGAGAGCAAUCCCUUGUAACCAAGAAUAAAAAAGCAAGAGGAAAAGAAAUAUUCAUCAAAACUAACCAGCCCAUCAAUCAUCUGACAGGACACUUGAUGUUUCACAUCAUUGAGUGCCUCCAUCUCUGUGAAGGGGAGAGAGGUGCAUUCCUCAUCUCUUUGAGGCCAGGUUUGGUUCAGAUAAUUAGACAGCACUCACUUGGCCUGCAUUCUUUCCAUUUACAUCAUUAUAGUCAUUGCAUAUGUUGUUUUCCUGGUUCUGCUGACUUCACAAUUCAAAUAAGCCUUCCCACAUUCCUCUGAAUUAGACAUUUUCUUCUAAAAGCAAUUGUAUAGAGGUGAAAGGCAUCAUCCCCUUGACUGCUUUAGACCGGAACCUUUGUUUACUUACUUUUAGAAUGUACUUUUUGUUUUUAUGGGGCAGGGGAUGAGGGGUGGAGUUAAUAUUAUAAAAUAUUACAUGGAAAACACCAAAAAAAAAAAAAGAGAGAUGGUUGCUCUGUGCAUUCUCAUUUGUAAUAUCCUAAUGCAGUCUAUUGUUCAUCAUCUUAACAUUAGUAAGCUUCUCUUAUCUUUGAGAUUUUGCAUCGUUUUAGGUUUAUGAAUCUCUAGUGAGCAAUAGAGGAAAUACAGAGCUUCCAUCAUCAUCAUCAGAAUAAUAAUAAUAAUAAUAAUAAUAAUGUAUUCCAGAGCUAUUCUGUUCAAGAAUGGCUCUUAUUUAGAACAGGAGGCAGACCUGAGGAAAGACAAUGUAAGCAAUAUCUGCUGGUAUUCGUCUGUGAAGAGGAAUUAAAUUUAGAUUGGGCAAGAGAGACUCAGCUGAGGGACCUGAGCUAUUCAUUUAGCUCACAGGCAAUCUGCUGCUGCACAUUUUCACCUUGUGUUGAUGAGACUGGUGGUGUGUUUGUAAAGUUCUACCCCUUCCCCCCUUCAAGCUUCUCAAAGGCAAGACUACCUCUUUUAAUCUUCUUUUGUUACUCCCAGUAGAUGCUUUGCUUUCCCAAUAGCAUUGUUUAAAAAAAAAAAAAAUCCUUGAAGUGCUGAACUGUGAAUGGACUCAGUUGGAGGCUUAAAUGUGGGAGCGGGAUGAGCAAUGGCCAGCCUCGAGUAGGUGUGUUGAGAUGAGUAAAGAUCAGGCUGAAUUCGGAUUUCUAUAGCACUUUAAAAUUUAGAGAGCAUUUGGCCACUCCCCCCUCCCCCCAGCAGCCCUUUGAGAGAGGUGUGUUACUCUUCCCAUUUUGCAGAUGAGAAGACAGACUUAAGAGGGGGGAUAUCAUUUGCUCACGGUCAUACAGGAAGCACUGGAGCCAGGAACUGAUAGAACUGGGUCCUCUGACUCCCAGUUCCUGAGCUCUUCCCACUAUUCUUUGCUCCCUCCCUCACAAGAGUGUUAAGAGCUAAAAAAGGAAGCCAAACUCUGAGUAAUGAAAAAAAGAACCCUAAAUUAAUCAUCGUGGAGAAUAGAUAAUGAAGCAUAAUGAAGUCCUCCCUUCUCUUUGCUGAGACAUGGGAGCCCACACUAUCAGAUGCAGUUGCUGUACUGGUUGUUUUGUACUUAGAUUGCUUUUCUUUGUUACAAGGUGGAGGCUUGGGAGGAGCAUAUAUCCAGAAAUGACUGACAUAAACAACAAAACACAUCAGUACAUUUUUUUAAAAAGUGUCAGAGUGAUCUUAGAGAUUCAGUCAUACCCUUUUU